AUGAACCCGCAACCCAGAUCCAUCAUGUCAUCUCCAUCGACAGUACAGGAAGUUGCAGACAGCCAGGAGCUCACCAGCAACGGCAAGCGCUAUCUUUCGCAACCGGAUCGUCCAGUAAAAUUUGGACGUAUCGCAGCCGAGACGGACGACGAUCCAGUUUCAAUUGAAGAUGCACUCCUCAGGCUGAGGACAAACAGACUUCUCGAAUACAACCAACCUGUCUACAUUGCACCGAUAGCCAAGCCUAACCUACAAGCGCCAGACAACAGCGCGCUUCCUCUUAUGGACAAGGUCAGGGAGUUCUUAGCAGGCAACGGUCAGGUCAUGCUGAUUAUGGGUGAUUCGGGAGCUGGAAAGUCGACGUUCAAUCGAUAUCUGGAGUACCAACUAUGGACAAACUACGAGGCUGGGGAUCGCAUCCCGCUCUUCAUCAACCUCCCAUCCCUCAAACAACCCGAUGAGGAUCUUGUUGCAAAACAAUUGAGGACCAUCGACUUUUCGGAGGAACAAAUCUGGGACCUCAAACAGCACCGCCAGCUCCUGUUGAUCUGCGAUGGCUAUGAUGAAAGCCAGCUCACCACCAACCUACACACCACCAACCUACACACCACCAACCUCUUCAAUCGACCUGGUCAGUGGAACGUCAAGUUGCUCAUCACUUGCCGCACCCAGUACCUUGGUCCUGACUAUCGCGAUCGCUUUGCGCCUAAGGAGACCGGUCAGUAUCACCGCACUGCCAGCAAUCUCUUUCAGGAAGACGUCAUCACCCCCUUCUCCAAGGAACAGAUCGAGCUGUACGUCGAACAGUUUGUCCCACUCAUACCUCGGACUUGGGUCAAGAAGGACUACAUGGACAAGUUGACAACUAUUCCCAACUUGAUGGACCUGGUGAGAAACCCCUUUCUAUUGACUCUUGCUCUCGAAGCACUCCCAUCCGUCAUCAAGAACAAUGCCACUCUCUUGAAUCUCCGCGUCACCCGUAUUGAGCUCUACGAUACAUUUGUUGAUCACUGGUUGGAGGUCAACAAGCGCCGCCUACAGGACCAGACGCUGAAGGACAAACGCCAGGCAUUUGAGGAUCUUCUCGAGGACGGAUUUGUGCAUAAUGGGAUUGUCUUUCAGAAGGAGUUGGCGUGGGCGAUCUUUCAGCAACAGGAGGGCCGACCUGUCGUCGAAUAUUCCAACAUGCGAGACAAGUCGUCGUGGAAAGCUAGCUUCUUUGGUCCUAAAGCUGAAAGAUCCCUGCUCAGAGAUGCCAGUUUGUUGAGUCGCACCGGCAACCAGUACCGCUUCAUCCAUCGAUCUGUCUUGGAGUAUUUCUUCUCUUGUUUCGUUUGGGACACCUCCAGGGAUGAUUACGAGUUUGCUCCGCAUGUUUAUUCAGAAGCCACUAGGGUAUCUCUUCCUGUUACCGACCAUCCACUGUCCAAGAGGAGUCUUGUCCUGGAGCCAUCGGUCAUCCUGUUUCUCGCCGAACGUGUCCAAAUGCAGCCCAUCUUUAAGCAGUACCUUCUCGCACUCAUUGAGCUUUCGAAGUCGGAUCCUCAGGCUAGCAUGGCUGCAUCCAACGCCAUCACGAUCCUGGUGAGAGCUGGGAAACACUUCAAUGGAGCUGACCUUCGAGGCAUCCGCAUCCCAGGAGCCAAUCUCACAGGUGGGCAAUUCGACUCGGCGCAGUUUCAGGAUUCCGACCUAACAGGAAUCACAUUCACCAAGGCUUGGAUCCGACAGGCGGACUUUAGCAGAGCACGGAUGGACGAGACACGGUUUGGAGAGCUGCCGAGUUUGAAGGAAGCGAGUUGGGUACAGUCAUGUGCAUUUUCCCCAGAUGGAAGGUCUUUUGCAAUGGGUCUGCUAGACGGCAACAUUAGUAUCUACGACACAACUACCUGGACAAGGAUUCGGCUACUUCAUGGUCAUGAUGCGGCGGUUCUGAGCCUCACCUAUUCAACAACCGGCUUUCCACUUCUCUCCGGCAGUUCUGAUGGUACGGUGCGACUAUGGGACGGUGAGGGCGACGCGACUGAUCGUGUUCUGAAUGGACAUUCCGAGGAGGUGACAGCUGUUGCGUUUUCACCCUCAGGGAUGCAGUUCGCCUCAGCCAGCACGGACAGGUCAGUGCGUCUAUGGGACACCCGAACAGGAACCAUCACCUUUGUCAUAGAAGAUUUUGGCGAUGUCACAGGGAUCGCGUAUUCACCAGACGGGAACAACAUUGCAUCCUGCUGCCUGGAUGGACAAGUCCGAGUAUUCGACACUCAGACGGGCUUACAGGUGCUGAGUUCUGGAACGAGCGGCAAGAGUCGCUGCCUUACGUAUUCCCCUAAUGGACAAUCGAUCGUCUCAGGCGACAUCUUCGGCGAUCUACAACUUUGGGAGGCGACCACCGUGAUGCCUAGGAUCAAAUGGAGAGGACAUUCUGAAAUGGUGGAUAGCGUUGAGUUUUCGCCGAACGGGCAAUGGAUUGUGUCUGUCAGUGAGGACAAAACGGUCAAGGUGUGGAGUGGAGAUGUAGCCACACUUGUUUCUGUAUUCAUAGGUCACACCAGCUGGAUCACCAGUGUUGCAUUUUCCCCAGACAGCUCACUCAUUGCUUCAGGAAGCUGGGAUCAGACUGUACGGCUCUGGGAGGUGAACUCGACUAGAUUUGGUCUCGACGUAGAUGGUGCUUUCAACUCCAAGCCAAGGGUAGCCUAUUCUCCUAAUGGGCAGUUUCUCAUUUCGGGCAGUCGCACUGGAGCCAUACAGCAACAUGAUGCGGAGAGUGGCGAGAUUGGUCUUGUUAUUCGCCGCCAAGAGUUUCGAGCCAAUUCUGUCGCCUAUUCAUCGGACGGUCGUCAGAUUGCCAUGGGUGGCUCAGGAGGCGAUGUCACGUUAUGGAGCGCUCACACUGGCGUCCUUGAGAACACUCUUCGCGGCCACACUAGGGAUGUGAUAGUAGUUGCGUUCUCACCAUGCGGCCAAUGGAUUGCUACUAGUGGUGAAGACCAGACGGUGCGACUUUGGGAUGCACGAUCAGGCACGUCUAUUCUGAUCUUCGCCGAUGGCGGUACCUUUUUCGCUCGAUCUUUGUCGUUUUCGUCCAGCGGUGCAGAGAUUGCAUUUGGAGACUACAUUAGAACGAUGCAAGUCUGGGAUGUGACGACGGGGAAGUGCAAGAUGGAAAGGGAGGAGGCAUUUUUUGUGAGGUUUUUACCAAAGAGUCUUCAGGCUGUUUCCUGUGAAGGUGUAAAUGGUGCUCGUUUGUGGGACGAAGAAGGCGGAGGCUACCGAGUCAUUUUGCAGCACAGUCGUAUUGUCAUCCAAACAUUUGCAUUCUCGAGUUGCGGUCAAUGGAUAGCAAGUGUUGAAGAUGAGACGGUUCACCUGUGGAGAAGCCCUCUGGAGGUGAGACCACAGGACUGGGAGUAUGUGCUGGCCGUCAAGGGUUGCUCAGGGAGGAUUGGGGAGAUUGUCUGGAGGCCUAACAAGUUGGAAUUUGCGACUGCCGAUAUCCAUGGAUCCACUCUUGUAUGGAGGGUUGUAGAGAGGUUCGACAAAGUGGUGGUCCAGCUGGUGUGGGGUGCUGGGGGAGGAGGUGGUCUUGCUGCCUCGGGAUCGGUCCUUGACGAUGUCAUUGGUCUUAACACGAUCAGCCGGAACCUGCUGGAGCAGCGCGGCGCUGUUCUCUCCGGGAACAUAUAG